AAUUACUUAUAGUUUACUCUUCGCGUUCUAUAUAAUCGUGAUUGUUAUAAAAGUUAAGCAUGUAAUGCACGGCGCACAGUUUCACGUGUGGAGGGGAAUGGAAGAGUUCCAUCGGUUGAGAUAAGCUUAGUAAAUUACCAAAAAUUUAAUGGCUAUGACAUCUGCGUUUUUACCUCUGUUUUUGGAAGGCCAGGUUGUGAAAGGGUUUGGAAGAGGAUCGAAACAGCUAGGUUGCCCGACAGCUAACUAUCCUCUCAAUGUGGUACAGUCACUACCCACUGGGUUAGAGCCUGGAGUGUAUUAUGGAUGGGCCCAAGUAGAUAAAGGACCUAUACAUAAGAUGGUGGCUAAUAUUGGGUGGUGUCCCUUUUAUAAAAAUCAGGAAAUGUCUGUGGAAACCCACAUCAUGCACAAGUUCGACAAAGAUUUCUAUGGCUCUAAUUUGAAAAUAGCAAUAAUUGGAUAUUUAAGAGGAGAAAAGAAUUUUAAUUCUCUGGAUGACUUAAUACAGGCAAUUAAAAUUGACAUAGCGAAUGCAGAAACAAAACUAGAAAAAGAAGAAGCUAAAAAGCUAGCUACACACAAUUUCUUUAGCAAGUCCUAAUAAAAAUAAUGAUAAACAAUAUUAUUCUAUUGACACAUUCCAAGCCUUUCAUAUAUUCCCUUGAAUCGGAAUGUCAUACAUCCUUUGGUUAUUUGCUAAUAUUAUUGACAAGUACAUAUAAAUAUUAUUUAUUAAAAUUCAAUUACAUAU